AUGGCGAUCAGCAGCAAGAGCGUGUUGGUGGUGUUCGCCCUGUGCGCGGUGGUGUGCGCGGUCGCGGGUGCCAGCCCGCCCCAGUUCCCCCACGCCUACAAGACGGGAUUGGCGCAGCUGGUGGAAAUGCUGCCGGGCCACAACGUGACCUGGAGGAACGGCCAGGCUCUCUUCAAUCGCCAGCUGCAGGCGGCCAAGCUGUCUGGCACCACCGGAGGCAUGGCACUCACAAAUCUCGAUCUGUUCAGCCAAGCGACUCGCUACGUCAUCGACAACCGCUACUGCCAGAAGGAGCGCCUCACGCAGGCCUACUCAGACCCGCUCGAUCUCAUCAAGUACACCUCGUACGCGGGUGUCGCUUCCAUCAACGGCAAAUCCGUGCAGCUGUGGAGCUACACGCAGGGCAACUUCGUCAACAUCAACAUCUACACCACCAACGACGCCAACCACUUCCCCGUGCGGCUUUUCUUCCUGCAGUCGGGCGCCGGUGUUCUCAUCGAUUACAGCUCCUUCUCUGCCGGCACCUCCGCUAGCGAUUUCCAGCCCCCCUCUACCUGCAGCGGCGGCCACCCCAUGGGCGAGACCGAGGAAAUUCCCUCGUCGCCGCUCCAGCCCAUCUUCGAUUUCCUCCACGCCACCCCUGUUGCGCUCAACUAA